AUGCUGUCCGGAUCUUCCGAUCCGACCGGGUCACCUCUCGAGAAAGAUACAAACGCCGCGAAUCCCGGUACUGAGAAUGUCUUUAGCUCUCCCAACAACUCCAGAAACACCGGUGGCGUACUCUUAACCAACGCUAGCACUCGAGUAAUUCAUGGCUGGAAGUGGGGUUUUGCCUACGCCGCUAUGCUUUCCACCACUCUUUUGUUUGCACUUGACAACACCAUCGUGGCAAACAUCCAGCCCGCUAUCAUCAACGACUUCGGCCACCUCGAGUUGCUUACAUGGAUCGGGACAGGCUUCGCGCUAGGCACAAUGUUCAUCUUGCUCUGGGGUAAGGUCUACGGUGUAUUCAAUAUCAAAUGGGUCUACAUCCUUAACAUUCUCAUGUUCGAGGCUGGUUGUGCCCUUUGCGGUGCUGCUCCCAACAUCGAGACCCUCAUCAUUGGUCGUGUCAUCGCUGGUGUUGGCGGGUCUGGCAUGUGCUCGGGCACCUUAAUUUACGUUUCCAUUCUGUCCCACGACCAAGAGAAGCUCGCUUACCUUGCCGGUAGCACUGUCGGCGGCGCAUUCGCAGCUAGCAGUGCUACUUGGAGAUGGGUAUAUUGUUUUCGCCACUUCCCCACAGUCACUAACUCAACCGAGGGAUUCUACGUCAAUCUUCCUAUCGGCGCGGUAUUUGCGCCGGCCUACUUCUUGCUUUUCCCAAGCGUUGACCCUCACCCUACCAAGAAUUCCGAGAGACCCUGCGUAUCUCCAAACCAAGGACUCUGA